AUGUUAAACGAUAAAGAAUUAUAUGAGUUAAAUAAAAAAGCCGUUACUGAAGGGUUUAACAUUAAACCAAGAAUUAAUUAUAACACUGUUGGUGGUGUCAAUGGUCCGUUGGUUAUAUUGGAUAAUGUUAAGUUUCCACGUUACAAUGAAAUUGUCAAUUUAACUUUACCUGAUGGAUCAGUAAGAUCGGGUCAGGUUUUAGAAGUCAAAGGUAGUAAGGCUAUUGUUCAAGUUUUUGAAGGUACUUCAGGGAUUGAUGUUAAGAAAACUAGAGUUGAAUUCACAGGUCAAAAUUUGAAGAUUGCUGUAUCGGAAGAUAUGUUAGGUCGUAUUUUUGAUGGUUCUGGUAGACCAAUUGAUAAAGGCCCAAAGAUUUUUGCUGAAGAUUACUUGGAUAUUAACGGUUCUCCAAUUAAUCCAUAUGCUCGUAUUUAUCCAGAAGAAAUGAUUUCUACUGGUAUUUCUGCUAUUGAUACAAUGAAUUCUAUUGCUAGAGGACAAAAAAUUCCUAUUUUCUCUGCUUCUGGUUUACCACAUAACGAAAUCGCUGCCCAGAUAUGUAGACAAGCCGGUUUAGUCAGACCAACUAAGGACGUUCACGAUGGGCACGAAGAAAAUUUCUCGAUUGUUUUCGCUGCUAUGGGUGUUAACUUAGAAACUUCAAGAUUUUUCAAACAAGAUUUCGAAGAAAAUGGGUCAUUGGAAAGAACUUCCUUAUUCUUGAAUUUGGCAAAUGAUCCUACAAUUGAAAGAAUUAUUACUCCUCGUUUAGCAUUGACUACUGCUGAAUACUUGGCUUAUCAAACUGAAAGACACGUUUUAACUAUUUUGACUGAUAUGUCUUCUUAUGCUGAUGCUUUGAGAGAAGUUUCUGCCGCUAGAGAAGAAGUUCCCGGUAGAAGAGGUUACCCAGGUUAUAUGUACACAGAUUUGUCUACAAUUUAUGAAAGAGCCGGUAGAGUUGAAGGAAGAAAUGGUUCGAUUACCCAAGUUCCAAUUUUAACUAUGCCUAACGAUGAUAUCACUCACCCAAUUCCGGAUUUAACUGGGUAUAUUACUGAAGGUCAAAUUUCUGUUGAUCGUCAAUUAGAUAAUAAAGGUAUCUAUCCACCAAUUAAUGUUUUGCCUUCAUUGUCCCGUUUGAUGAAAUCUGCCAUCGGUGAAGGUAUGACUAGAAAAGAUCACGGUGAUGUUUCAAAUCAAUUAUACGCUAAAUAUGCUAUUGGUAGAGACGCAGCAGCUAUGAAAGCUGUUGUCGGUGAAGAAGCAUUAUCUACUGAAGAUAAGUUGUCUUUGGAAUUUUUAGAAAAAUUCGAAAAGAACUUCAUUUCUCAAGGUGCUUACGAAAAUAGAACCGUUUUCGAGUCUUUAGAUCAAGCAUGGGCAUUGUUGAGAAUUUAUCCAAAGGAAAUGUUAAAUAGAAUUAGUCCAAAGAUAUUAGCUGAGUUUUAUGAAAGAGAUAGAGAACAAGAAGACGAUGAUGAAGAAGAAGAAGAUGCCGAUAAAUCGCAUGACAAUUUGAUUGAUGCUUAA